CUUUAAAAAUCGCACUACGUUAUUUUUAAUUUUGCCUAGUGCAAAGGUUAAUUUGAUAUGAUACAAAAAUUUAAUGCUGAAUUUUUCGCUCUUUUCAUAAUCUGUUGACAUUUGUUGGACAUUUCUGUACAUUUAUUAUUUAAAUUGUUGGCAAACAUUAACGUUUGCAGGCAGACAUGGAUGAUGAUGACAAUAAUUCCGAUUCAUCCGAGGAGUUUUUUGAUGCGAGUUCUGAGCCAUUGGAUUUAACACCAUUAGAAAUGGACCUGCAAACCGCUCUAACAGAGGGAAAACUGGCCAUCAGCUAUUUCUUUGAUAACAGGUUUGAAGAGGCUCGCGCUCUGCUAAAACCUUUUGCUGGAUCGAGUCUAUAUCAUGCAAUGGGCACUGCAGUAUUUGCAUUUCUUGGGGCAAUGCUUACCUUUGAGCACAUUGACGAAGCAUCAACAGAGCUUAAGAAGUGCGUGGACCUCUGUCAACGUUUUCGAAAAAGAAGCACUCUAACGGAAGCAAUUGGCAAUACAUUCAAAAAAAAAAAUUUCAACACACUCACAGACUUGGAAUGCCACGCGGAGCUCUGUAUGGCCGAAGUUUUGCUGAUGAGCGCUCUGCUCACUUUUAUCGAGGACGAGAAUCUCAGUGGGUUCAUCCGUGGCAGUUUACAAGUCCGUCAAUGCUAUAAUUGUUUUAGAUUCUGUGGACAAAUAAUGAAGCACCGCAAAUGGGAUGCGAGUUCAGCUAGCGUGAAAAUUCAUUUUAGAAGCGGAGUACAUCUGGGAAUCGGAACUUUUAACCUAAUGAUAUCUAUGCUCCCAGCUCGCGUUAUUAAGAUACUGCAAUUUAUUGGGUUCUCCACCAAUAGGAGUGAUGGCUUAAAUGAUCUGCGCACAGGAUACCAAGAGAAUGGCCUGCGGCAAACAUUGUGUGCAUUAUCGUUGCUCGGUUAUCAUCUAAUGGUUGUACCUAUGCUCAGCGCUAGAAUUUCCAUGAAUGAUCUCAGCCUAUGCGAUGAUAUACUGACUACCCAGUUGACUAAAUAUCCGAAUGGGGUUUGGAUGCUGUUCUUCAAGGGAAGAUUUGAAUUGAUCCAGGGUAAUUUAGAUGCCGCCGAAUCGUGGUAUGUUCGCUCCUGGCAGUCACAGGAUACUUGGCCCCAAUUUCACUAUUUAAGCUUUUGGGAGCUGCUAUGGAUCAAUUGCAUACAACAAAAGUGGAAUGAUGCACAGUUUUAUGCUAGUCAAUUACUCGAAAAGAGUAACUGGUCGCGAUCUAUAUAUUCCUAUCAGUUGGCUGUAAUUAAAUUAAUGUUAUGCCCUAAAUCAGACGAAGACAAACAGAAAAUUGAAAAAUUAAUGUUGGAGGUGCCGCAGUAUAGGCAAAAAAUUGCUGGCAAAUCUUUGCCAAUGGAAAAAUUUAUGGCUGGCCGUGCUAUUCGAUAUAGGAGCCAGAAUAAUAGACUCGUCUUGCCUCUGAUUGAGUUGAUGUAUCUAUGGAAUAUGUUCAAAUUUAUUGGCAAUAACUACCAAAUAUCUGAUAACUUUCUACAAAUCAUCGAUGCUGAACUUGCCACGCUUUCCGAAGCGUCAACGAACUUAUAUUACGCAGAUAAUCGGGCUCUAUGCCUUUUGCUACGUGGAUCGUGUUAUGUUCAAAUGGGUAAACCGGCAUUAGCGCUACAGGAUUUAGGUGAGUGCAUUGCUCAGAUUGGAAUUGUCCAAGAUCACUUUAUUAUCCCGUACGCCUCCGUGGAAUCUGCACUUUGUCACGCAGAAAAUGAUCCGGCUCUAGCAAUAUCCAUGCUGCAGGAAACCAAAAAAAAAUUCUCGAAAUAUGCAUUGGAAUCGCGCCUGCACUUCAGGAUUCAUAUGGCCCUGAUGGAUCUCAACGCAAAUAAUUAUAUCCAGAAAUAGUUACAAUUGUUGCAUAAAUACUUAGACACCACAUGUAUUUUUCGCUGGCGAGGUAUAAAAUAGACGCGAUUAAAUAAAAACAAAUAAGGCGCUUGUCUGAACUGCCUACUGAA